GGUGUGAUCCGUUCUUCCUGUGCCAAUGACAUGUGAAUGUAACAUGUAAACACAGAAAACUUAUAAAAUGAGGUAAAUGAAUGAUCCCAUGGGCUCGUCCUCGUGUUUGGUUGAACUUCAUGAUUAGGAUAUUUUCCUAUAGUGUCGCUGGAGUUGUUUAAGCACCAGAGAUGAAUGCGGAGUACCGGGAGCUCAUUUUGAAGUCCUGUGCAGCCACUUCUCUGCGAGUGGGGGCCAAGAUCCAGACAUUGUGGAGUGGGUAUGGGGAGAUCGUGAGAGUGCAUCUGGAGGGCUGUGAGCGCCCCUCAGUAGUGGUCAAACAUGUGCAGUUCCCAGCAGAAACGGACCAGAGCACAGACCUGUCCCAUAUACGGAAGGUCCGCUCCUACCAGGUGGAGACACACUGGUAUCAGAACUACUGCACCAAUCCCAGCUGCCGGAUCCCUACCUGCCUGGCCUCCUGUUCCCGUGGCAAUGAGAUGCUGAUAGUGUUAGAAGACCUGGAUGUGGCAGGAUAUGACCAGCGCAGGAGCAGUGUCGGAGACAAAGAAAUGAGGGCGUGCCUCCGCUGGCUGGCCCACUUCCAUUCUCUCUUUCUGGGCAGGGUGCCGGAUGGGCUGUGGCCUGUGGGGACCUAUUGGCAUCUGGAAACUAGACCAGAUGAACUGGAGGCUAUGGAUGAUGCAGAACUCAAAGCGGCAGCUCUGCACAUUGACAAAAUCCUCACCAACUGUCACUUCAAAACUAUUGUCCAUGGCGACGCCAAACUGGCCAACUUCUGCUUCUCCAAAAGUGGCACAGAGGUGGCUGCAGUGGACUUCCAGUAUGUGGGAGGUGGCUGUGGCAUGAAGGACGUGGUGUACUUCUUAGGUAGCUGUAUGGAGGAGAGGGAGUGUGAGAAGAGGGUACCCGCACUCUUAGAUCAUUAUUUCUCUGAGCUGGAGGAUGCUGUAGAUAAGGACGUGGAGUUUGCGGCUCUGGAGAAAGAAUGGAGGGAGAUGUUUGCGUUUGCCUGGACAGACUUCCAUCGCUUCCUGCUGGGGUGGAUGCCCGGACACUGGAAGAUCAACCGCUACAGUAAGAAGCUCACCAAAGAGGUCCUGCACAAGCUCCAAGGCGCACACUCUAAAGUAGAGGUUAACGAGGGAAAAUGAUAUCUCAUGAUAUGAUUUUAUCAAAGCUUUAACCCUGUAGGACUUUAAUCUUUCAAGAAUGUCACACCUGAAAGGUGUAUUUAAGUCACAUUAUAAGAGAUAAAGGUCAGGAUUAAGAAAUAACAUGGAAAAACAAAAACUAUUGUAUUACUAUAACUAUUGUGUGUUAUUUGGUAGGGACAGAUAGUAAUCUGAUGCAGGUGUCACUGUGUUUAUAGCCAUCGCUAAUUUACCUCACCUCUCCCAAAAGAAGUGAAAAAAUAGUGUGUCCAAAGUAGUGGUCCAAUCUAUAGGCUCAAGAUUUAGUAAAACUGUCCCUGUCUGAAGGUACAGGCUAUGCUAGGGAUAGUGGUCUAUUUAAAGAAGAUUCUAAAAGUACCAAGUGAAAUGAUUUACCUUGUGUAGUGCUUAAGGCCAAAUAUCUGAGUAUAACAUGGACAAACCAAGAAAAUGCAAAUUCUGGAAUGUACCAGUACCUUUACUCGCCUGCUUCACAAAAACAAAUGUAGUUUCAUACACCCUUUAAAAUGUGUAGUCAUAAAUAUUUUAGAGGGGACAAUAGUUUACUGAGGAGUUAAAACAGGCAUACACUUUAUGUGUAAUAUUUACUAAAAUGUUAAAGUAACUUUGAUUUUGAUUUAAUUUCCACUUUUAUUGUGAUCAUAAUUUAUUCUAUGUGUUAUAUUCUGUGCAUUUUUAAUACAUUUUAGGCAUUUUGGUGCAAAGUUGGAAUGACCUGUCCAAAACUGUUUUUUCUCUAAACAUAUU